AUGGCAGAGACGUUUCAGAUCUUCACUUCUUUUCGUUAUGACCCUGUUCUCCUAGAGGUCCCUGGCAGCGCACUAAAGCACGCAGGCUGGAACCGGGAGAAUCCCUCGCCGCUGUAUAUGCUGGACUUCCAUCGUGACCGCAUGCUGAGAGCGGCCACCCACUGGGGUUGGGAUGCAGCUGUCCAUGUUCUCAGUGGCGAUGUGGGUUUGCACACCCUUUCGGAAUCCGUAAUCAAGGCAUUGGGACAGAGUCAAGGAGCACCUUCCAAGGUUAGAGUGGAUAUCUCAAGGGAAGGAGAGUUGGGAGUUGUGGCAUCUGAAGUCCCAAAGCGAGCUCUUGCCAACCUGUUUCCGGAAAGGCUCCCCGUGCCAGGGAAGACAGAGACGAGCGAGGUCUUUCCUUGCAAGGACCUGGCGUUUGAGGUGGUCCUCGAUAAGCAGAGGACUGGGCGUUCCGAGUACACGCACUUCAAGACUACCCGCAGGGCCAUGUACGACGAGGCGCGGCGAAGAGCAGGGAUCGGCCUUCCUACUCAGAAAGAGGUGCUUAUUAUCAAUGAUGCCGACGAUUCGAUCAUGGAAGGGAGCACCACCACUCCUUACUUCUGGAGAGGCGGACGAUGGGUAACGCCGCCGGUUUCAUCCAGAUUUACAUUCCAAGACGGAAGUGGCGGAAAUGACGGGACAUCAAGAAGGUGGGCGUUAGAAAGGUAUUUCAGGAGCGAACGUGACCUCCAGAAAAUCCCCGUCAUCCCAAACAAGAAUUAUAAGCGCGAUGGCACAAAGUCUUACGUCUAUUUGCUGAAUCGCUUCGGUUUCCAACCAACCAAGCCCGGCCGUUAUUUCCACCAGAAGCGGGUUCACCAGCGAGGGCUUGCUAGUGGCACCGCUGCCGUGGGUGGCCGCGUACAGAUGCAGAAGCGACUGGUGAAGAAGGCUAGUCCAGAUGACGCCGAGACCGGCGAGGUCACCGCUGAAGACCAGCAAAACGAUUCCAUGUACCUAUGCGAGGUCGAGAUUGGCACUCCUCCGCAGAAGCUGAAGCUCGAUUUUGACACGGGCUCAUCUGACCUUUGGCUUCCAGCUGGUUCCCGGUCCGGCCAUAACAUCUUUGACCCCUCAAAGUCCUCAACCUUCAAGAAGUCACCGAGCGAGGCCUGGGAGAUCCAAUAUGGAGAUGGCAGCUCUGCUUCUGGUGACGUCGGGACAGACGUCUUGAGCAUUGGCGGUCUCAAUAUCAAGAACCAGGCUGUCGAGUUAGCCAAGACUCUCGCUGCCCAGUUCGCGCAGGGGACCGGAGACGGCCUUCUUGGACUCGCCUUCCCGGAGAUCAACACCAUAACCACGAAUGGUUCCCCCGACCCGCAGCCGACACCCGUUGCAAACAUGAUUUCGCAGUCGGACAUUCCCAAGGAUGCGGAACUCUUCACGUCGGCCUUCUACAGCACCCGAGACUCGGAGUCGAACUCGUUCUACACCUUCGGCUGGAUCGAUCAGGAUCUCGUCUCGGCGUCGGGCGAGGAUAUCUCGUGGGCCGGUAUUGACAGCUCCCAGGGGUUCUGGAUGUUCAACAGUGCCAGCGCCACUAUCAACGGCCAACAGAUCACGCUGUCUGGCAACACGGCCAUUGCCGACACCGGUACAACCCUUGCGCUUGUCUCGGAUAAGGUCUGCGACGCCCUUUAUAAGCAGAUCGACGGUGCCACCUACAGCGAGCAGUACCAGGGCUACAUCAUCCCCAUGAGCGUGAAAACGAACGACUUGCCCGACUUCAGCGUCGCCAUCGGCGAUAAGGAGUUCGUCAUCCAGAAGGAGGAUCUCGUCUUCGCCCCCGUCGACAGUGACAACUGGUACGGUGGGGUCCAAUCGCGCGGCGAGAACCCCUUCGACAUUCUCGGCGAUACCUUCCUCAAGUCUGUCUAUGCGAUCUGGGAUCAGGGCAACAGCCGUUUCGGGUGUGUUCCCAAGAUCGAGAAGACGCAGAGUUUGGAGCCUCCAGCAAGUGGCUAA